CCAUCCGAUCGCCUUUCCCGUGUUCUAAACCGCCCUGAUCUUCAGACAGUCUCUGCACUUCUCCAAAGUACAGAAGUUGCAAUCAGCUAUAUUUAUAAUCUCCAUCUCACACCAAACACAAGCAUGCUCGCGAAAACGAUUCCUAAAGUCAUCGCCCCCGCGCAGUUGCGGAAGAGAUCUUUCUCCAUCCACAUCCGACGCCCCAGUCCCACCGAUGCGUGCGGCCCGCGCAGGGAUAGCUGGCCCGAGCUGCCGAACCCAUCGCCGUAUGAGGUUCUACAUCUAGACCGCCACGCCCCGUACCACAGACAGAACUUUACGGAGCUGGCGAAGCGAUAUCACCCGGACCGUGCUGCCCUCAACUCCAACGACACCGAAGACCGCCCCUUGAGGCUAGACCGUUUCCGCAUGGUGGUGGACGCGCACCACAUUCUCUCAGAUCCUCGAAGGCGCGAGGCGUACGACGAAUACGGCGUGGGGUGGAGAUAUCAAGCAUCAAAAGCUCAUGGCUGCCAAGCUAUUAAUCCUAAUGGGACGCCACAAAGCCACAUGUGGCAAAGGGACUCGUGGCAGGAACAUGAGGCUUCUAGUGCCAAUCAGGAACAAGUAUUUCUUCGGAAAGUCUUUUGUGCUGUUGCUUUGCUUAUUUUCAUGGCGCUUGCUUCCUGGCUGCAGUUGAUGAGGGCGGCAAAGAUGUUGCGCGUUGCUGCCACCGGAUAUAUGCACACGCAUAACAGUCUUGUUCAGGAGUUGGCUAGGCUGCGUAUUGACCCGCAUCAUUCAACUAGAGAAGGUCGAAUCGAGACCUUUCUUUUGCGUAGGGAAGCGCAAGCUGUAGGUUAUAAAAUACAUUUUGACGAUUCUUGAUGUCGCAUCCUCACCCUAUCUC